GUGAGUCCUGAAGGAGGACAGGUGUCAGUGUGGUUGGUAACAGUUGCUCAGGUGACUGAAGCCACAUCCCCCUGGAGACAAACAGUCGUCUGCUGGCGACACACGGACCAGCCUACUUUCACUGUGGAGCUCAAACCUCCAGCUUCACACACACCAACACACACACUGAUACUCAGAGCAGUAGCAACACUCAGGUGACAUGGACGGACAAGUCACUCACACAUGUGCGGCACAACUUCAACUUGUUUCUGUGUCUUUGUGUAUUUAAAAUAAUAUUUAUUCAGGUGGUGCGUUUGAUUAAACUCGGUUAUUAUGGAUCGGCUGGAUGAAUGGAGCUUCAAGCCCAAGAAAAUGGACCUGGAGGAGGAUUUCUACUUCGACUACGGCGCGGAGGAAAUGACUGAUUAUCAAGACCCCAAUGAACUUGUGGCUGCUUUGAAACAAAAGGAGGAAGAGGUUAUUUUGGCAGCCCAGCUGGGAAACGCAUUGCUCCUGGAAAACCGACAGUUGAAAGAGCAGAGCGACAAACUUCAUGAACAAUACGCAGACAAGCUGGAGGAGCUGGAGCAGGGCAGGCAUGAGCUGCGGGUGAAGCUGGAGGGCUGCCAGUCCCAGUGGGAGAGCCAGGUGGGAGACCUGGAGAGGGAUGUGAGGGAGCUGAGCGGCCAGGUGGAGCGGCUCACCCGGGCCCUCAGCGAGGCCGAGAGGGACAAGAGUCGAGUCGAGCUGGAGCACAGCGAGCGGACACAGCGACUCAGGGAGCAGCUCAACACUGCGAUGGAGGUGGAGCGAGCCAUGUCCAGUGAGCUGCAGGCUCUGAAACAGGAGCUCCAACAAAAAGGAAGCCACAACAGGCCCCAGGACGAGGAGCUGAUCAGUGCCAUGAAGGAGCAGGUGCUGCGUCUCACCCAGAAGGAGCAGGCGCUGGAGGAGCGUUUAGCGUGUGUGUGUCAAGAAAACACUGAGCUAAGGGCGACUUUGGCCUCUCUACACUCACGCCUGGCUCUGCACGACCAACUCAACCAGCAGCACAGCCAGCAGCUAGCCGAGGCGUGGCAGGAGGUGGAGGCGGCGCGGGGUCGCUCACAGCAGCUGCAGGCCCAGGUGGAGGAGCUUCAGGAGGAGGUGUCCCUGCAGGAAGGCAGGAGCCAGGGAGACGCCUCCCUGCUGUCUGAGCUGGAGAGCAGCCUGGAGACAGCAGCGCUGGGAGUCAGCAAAGAAGAGAUAGCACAAGAAAUGGGCUCCAUCCUUCAGUUGCUGCUCCCGCUGACCCAGGAACUGAGCAGCUCAGGGAGGUCAGAGGUCACGGAUCAACAGGAGGACCUGCAGUCCAUGCUGCACCAGCUGAAGGGAGUGGCCCAAACCUUGGCGCAGGCAUCCAGCCCUCAGUCGCAGGAGCUGAAUUGGGCUUUUGUUGACCGGACCAGCGAUCAGUGUGGGAAUACGAGCGCAGCGCAGGAGCUGAGAGAUCAGAACGUCCAGCUGCAGCAGGAAAACGCUGAGCUGAAGCACAAGUUGCAGAGCAUGCAGGAGCAGGCUGAAGUCGUCCAGCAGGCCAUCAGAGACCGAGAUGAAGCCAUAGCCAAGAAAAACCUGAUGGAGGCCGAGUUGGUGAGAAGUAAAAAUGACAUGAUGUCUCUGAACAACCAGUUAUUAGAAGCCAUCCAACGUAAACUGGAGCUGUCACAGGAACUGGAGGCCUGGCAGGACGACAUCCAGAUCAUCAUCAACCAGCAGCUCAGGACCCAGCAGCAGUCGGAGCAUCCUCAGAAGAAGCCCACCAACAACGGCGUGUCCUUCUUCCGCAGGCCCAGCAGGACGGCCUCCACCUGGACACGCCAGCCCUCCACCUCCUCCACGUGGAGUUCAGACACUAAUCAGAACAAAGCCCAAUCGCCCUGGAGGGACUGGUUAAGACGAGGGAAAGGGGCGAAUAAUGGACAGUGAGUGCUGUACCUGCUGAGUGCUGAAGAGAGGUCAGAAGUCACAUGUGCAGCUUCCUGCACGUCACGUAUGGUGAAAAGAAGCCAUAAAGACACUUGUAAUUCAGUGACGAACAACAGAGCCGCUGCGGACAAAGACUUGUUGAACAGGCACUUAAUCGUGCACAUUUCACUGAGAGGCUGAGCCUUCUAAAAAUCUAAACUGUGACAACCUGGAACACUAAUUUUUUCACAGAUUUACAUUUGAAGGUUUGAGACUGUAAAUAUCGUGCCUUAUUUUGUAACAUUGUGAAUGUCUUUAAGUCUGAGACUUUGUAUGCUAUACAGAGUAGAUGUAGAUGAGUUUUUCGGAUUAUUUAAUGUCACAGAUCAAAGAGAAAGAGACGGUCAGGAAAUUACGAUCAAUUUGUAAUCGUACUGAACUGUCUUUACACACCAAGUCUGAUGUGAGGCGUUACAUUUGUUACUGUCAGUUUUGUUUAAAAGCUAAAUGUGUAAAAAUGUUGAUUGUAAAAGAAACACUGAAUGUUUUCACGUAGACUGAAAUAGCUGUUAUUUUUUUAUAAUUUUGUUUUUGUUCUCUGAAUGACGACUUGGUGUGGAACGAGUCUGUAUUGCAGACACAUGUAUGUGUACGUUCUGUGGCUCAGUGUUCAAUAUUAAAGCUGCUGAGUACAAGCUGGGUUGUUUUCUAAGAUGUCUGAGUGGCCACAUCUGGAAUGAUCAGUGGAUAAUCUCAUAAAACAUCAAAUAAUUCUUUGAGGUUUUGUUAAUAAACUGAAGAGUCAGGCAGCUGAUGACACAUGGCCAAGAUAAGUGCUCGACCAGUAACAAGAAACACUUUAAGAUGUUACGUUAGAAAACUCUUCAGUUCAAAGGAAUGAUCUAAAUCAAGGUGACCUACUUCUAGAGAAGGACCUGCGUAUUGUCUUUCUUUCUAGUCUUGUCCUACUUUGUCUAAUAAGAGAAUUUGAUAACAGAAACACAAAAGAAUCGAAAGACUGAAAAUGUCUUCAAUGUGGAGUUGAAACUACUUUUCUCCUGAACAAUAUCAGAAUGCAGCAAUGCCCAGGAUGACCAUGAGACUGAAUUGAAAACAAGUAUGUUUUGUCCUUAGUGAUUUACUUGAGAUGCACUCAGUGUAGAGAGCCUUUAGAAAACAUUCAACCUCCUUGACUACUUAGACAUUUCAUGGUGUUGCCAUUUGAAAUUGAUUUUUGACAAAAUUAUUGAGCAUAAUUGCAGAAAUCGUCAUUAUAGUAUUUUAGUUUUGCCUAUAACAUAUCCACAGAGACUGAUACGUUAAAACCUCAAUAGCAGUAAUGACAUGAUGCUCAGGUGCUCAAACACCUGCCUCGUAAACCAGUGGUUCCCAACUGGUCCAGCCUCAGGGUCCAGUUUUCUCCUUAGUCAUUAGCUCUAGGUCCACACA